GGUCGAUUCUACAAUCCAGGGUCCAGAUGACCGCUAUCAACUAUUCCAUUCAUAUCUUCGCUUGUUCUUUGCAAACACUCAUUAUCACAGGACCUAGUACUUUGUGUCAUAACUUCCAACAUGCAAGUAAGAGUUUAAGGUUUUGGGCACCCGCGUUUGUAUGCAUCUCAUAAGGUUCAUAAGGUUCCAGCAGUUAAGCUUUAACUUAGAAACUCAGAGCUUAAGCUCCUUUCGUCACUUCGUCCAUUCACGCAUUCACACAUUCCCUCACCUACUACAUCAACUUUAUUCCUUUUCUCUACCUAUCCCAUUCCCAUCUAAAGUUGUCGAGACGAACAUGAUAAGAUAGAAAAUAGAAGCUUGUUCCCACUAAAGCAGAGAGCCUUACCUAACCACCGCUGCGAUUUACCGAUGAGUCAAAACGAUGCCUCCGAAUCUCUUCUCCCGCCUCGUCCAAUCUAGCGAUAAUCGGACUUUGUACGACCGACUAAGCGACGAUCAUGACGGCGAUAUCGAAGGCACAGCUGGUAUGGACCUAGAUGAACAGAAUCUAGCCCACCAUUUCCACGACGAAGAACUCGAUAAUGCAGAUGGCUUGGGUCUCGAUGAUAGUCACGUCUCCACUCCACGCAGCCCUGUCGCUACCCCAAGAGAUGCUCGUCACGGUACUGUAAGGUCGGGCAGACAAGAUGCGAGACCACGAUGGCUUAUGCACGAAGACGAUGGAGAUAAUGAUGUGCCUGCAUCUCUCCUAGUCGAAGGCCCUGACGCUACGACUCCGAACCCACACCCCCACAGAGCCAGUCCCCGGCAGGCUCGCAAUACCACUAGAUCAAAUCGAAGAAUACAGGCGCAGUGGGAAACUGCGCAGGCACACCAGAGAUUGCAUCAAGAUGAUGAAUACGGUCUGCCUCUUGGCCAACGUCAGGCAGAUGGCACUACGAGGAGAGCAGGUUUCGCUGGCAGUCCUAAAGACAAGGCUAUGUUCAGAUGGGCUAACGUUUCUAAUCUGGACGUCUUUAUUCGGGAUGCCUAUGACUAUUACCUCGGGGCAGGGAUGUGGUGUAUUCUGCUCGAGAGGUUUCUGCAUUUAUUGAAAGUCGUGUUUGUCGCAUCCUUACUCACUUUGCUAUCCCAAUGUAUAGACUACAGCAAGAUUCGAGAGAGUAAGAAUCUGUCGCAAAUCAUGAUCCCUCAGUGCACCAAGAACAUGUGGGGGAUCUGGAACCUGAGUCUGUGGAUCUGUAGUUUCUACUUCAUCUGGAAGACUAUUCAGUGGAUCCUCGACAUACCGCGCCUGAUGCACAUCCGCGAUUUCUUCGUUUAUCUCCUGGAGAUCCCCGAGGAAGAUAUGCAAACCGUCUCUUGGCAAGAUGUCGUAUCUAAGAUUACAGCCUUACGUGACGAGAAUGUCAAGACAGCCACCAACAUAACUCCGUCUCAGCGGCGCUUCCUGUCUAAGCAACUAGGGCAACACAUGGCUAGUCAAUCGAAAGAAAGACUCGACGCUCAUGACAUUGCGAAUAGGCUAAUGAGACGAGAGAACUAUAUCAUUGCUCUCUUCAAUAAGGACAUAUUGGACCUGACAGCCCCGAUUCCAUUUCUGAGCAACAGGCAACUAUUUUCAAAAUCUCUUGAAUGGACUGUUCAGUUUGGUGUUCUGGACCUAGUCUUUAAUGAAGGCGGUCAGGUUCAUCAACGCGUCCUUAAAUCUGACCACAGAGGACAUCUCAGCCGAGAAAUGAAGACAAGAUUCGCUUUUGCUGCGGUCAUGAAUCUCCUCUUUGCUCCCUUUGCUGCCUCCUUUCUCGUCGUCGAUUUUAUCUUCACAUAUUACAACGAAUUCAAAACCAACACUUCAUCUCUAGGAGCAAGACAAUAUACACCGCUCGCGAGAUGGAAGUUUCGCGAGUUCAACGAACUUCCACAUCUGUUCGAAGAACGCCUCAACAUGUCUUACCCUUUUGCAAAGCAUUACAUAGAUCAGUUCCCCAAGAAGAAGACCGAGUCAGCUGCUCGGACAGUCCAGUUCUUUUCCGGAGCUCUCAUCGCUGUUAUGGCCAUCGUGGGAUUCUCCGAUCCAGAAAUGUUUGUGGACUUCGAAUUGUUCCCAGGAAUGAAUGCGUUCGCCUUUGUUGCGCUCCUUACGACUAUAUGGGCUGUCGCCCGUGGUAUGAUAUCCGAGGAGAACGACGUAUUCGAUCCCGAAUUUGCGAUGCAGAACGUCAUCGAAUAUACGCAUUAUCAACCAGAUCAGUGGAAAGGUAGACUUCACAGCUAUGAGGUGAAGGCCGAAUUCUCUGAGCUGUAUAAGGCAAGAAUCAUCAUUUUCCUGGAAGAAAUCAUUGGCGUCUUGGUCACACCCUUGGUGCUUUUCUUUAGUCUGCCAAAGUGCAGCGAUCAGAUCAUCGACUUCUUCCGCGAAUUUACAAUUCACGUCGACGGACUGGGCUACGUAUGCUCGUUCGCCGUCUUCGACUUCCAGAAAGACAAACGUACAACUAGUGGACAGCAACAGCCGCCACAAAACAAUAUAAACGAUGCUCGUGAGGACUAUUAUGCUACCAAACAUGGGAAGAUGCAAGCUUCAGUACACGGCUUCCUUGACAACUACGUCUACCAUCCGAGAACCGGACUGCCAGGCUCCCACGCUUUGGGCCCGGCCGGCCGUCACCAAUUCCACCCUCCGCCCACCUUCCCUGGCUUGAUGUCGCCAACGCUUGCCGCUGAUAUGCACUCAUCACGCAUCGGGCGUAGCGAACGACCGCGGAGCCGAGCACCACCCGGCGCCCAACGCACACCACGCUUCGGGCCGGCCGUUGCCCCGUCGCCAAUGGCAUCUAUGCUCCUCGACCCCCACCACCAGCCCUCCGCCUCCUUCAUCGCUACUGCUCCAGCCAACCGCACCCCGCAACGAGUUCGUCAGCGCGGCCCAUAUCAAGCCGGCAGGGAUAUCAUCGAGGAAUCCCUCGAGGACGGCACCUCGCGCAGCGUCCUCCGUCGCCAGGAUACGGGCUAUACGGAUGACGGCGAUGUCGAGGAGAGUGUGGCACGACUAGGCGAGUCCACGUGGGAAGGCUCGCCUAGGCACGGGCUAAGUCGUGAGGAGAGCACCGCUACGGACGAUGGCGAUGGUCCGGGAGUCGUCGCUAUGCUGAAGCAGUUUCAGCAGGUGCAUAUGGAUUGGCGGGGAGUUAUGUGAAGGAGCCACAUUAUGUUUUUAAUUACUUUUGACUUUGCCUACUUGGUCUUCUUACGAGACAGUCAGGCUAGGCUAGGUUACACUGCUAAGACACAGCAGAGCGAGCCGGGAAUAAAGGGAAGGGAAAGGAGUUCGGGCGGCUGGACUGGGGCUGGGGCUACACUAGGUCACGGCCACAUCAUUAUGGACUGGUUUUGUUUUGUGUGUGUUUUUUUUGGUCGGCGAUUCAGAGCAUGCAUGCAUACAGCAUCCUAGAACUAUGCUAGGGAUAGACCACUACCAAUUUGAUUUUAUUAUCAUAGACCCUGUUGUCGCUGAGUAAUGGAUUUCCCGUAGAUAGGACACCUCAGACUAGUACCUAGGUAAGUACUCAAAGUAGCUAACACCUUUCCCAGAGAAUGGAGAGUCGUGAUAUUUUCAGCUCUAGAGACGCUACCUCACAAGACUAGUUUUCAGCUAGUUCAUACUAGAAUUGUUCGAAGGACAGCUGAUCCUGUUCGUCGUAGUUGAGCUCAGUCUAGUAUAUACUUAUACCAUGAGGAGCAGCUCCUUUUUACACCUAAGUAAAGCUCACACAAUGGUAUUAUGGUCCAUAUCAAUGGUGCCAAUCCCCAUCCUCUCAGGGAAGAUGCAAUAAGGCCCAGGACCACUCGUGCUUGAUC